AUGUCCGGGCUGCACAUGUGGGCCCCACGGCUCCUGUUCCUGUGGCAGCUGUUGUGGCUGCAGGUACAGGCAGCUCCGGAGUUGGCCAUGGACUCAAGCCUGCUGACCUCCAUCCCCCUGGGGCCUACCGAGCCCUGGGCUUGGGGUCAGCAAAAGCCUGCAAAUCUUGAACUUCCUUCUGUCAACCAUGUUCUUGCAGAGGCUCCUGAGAAAACGGAAGCUACGCCGAACCCUCAGGAGCCUUCAACGCAGCUUCCAACCCAACAAGAAGCCUCAACUCAGUCUGCUGUGUCCCAUGAGCCUUUGAUUUUGUUCAGCCACCACGGAGAUCAAGAUAAGCAGCAACCUUACCCUGAAUAUGUUCAUUCUUCACAGAGCUCAGCUCUGCCUUCUGUGUCUCUUGCCAAUACACAAACUUCUUCAGUCCAUCUGAAGGGUCAAGGUCAACUCCCAGAAUCCACUAUGGAUGUUGAAGCUCAACCUUCAGCACAUAACGAAGCAAUAUCUUCACUUCCCGAUUGGGGUAAAAUUCAGCAUGAAGUGUUGUCUAUCAGUGUUGAUGAUGUGGAUCUGGGGAUUUUGAUAAAACCAAAGACCCCUAAGAAGAAUGAACCACCUGCAACUGACAAGGAGGUCUCUUUUUACCCUCCCAGGCCAACUGAAAAUAUCAACCCUCCAUACCAGCAUGAGAUCCCAGCUCAGCCUAUUUCACAGGCUGACAUUCUGCAGCAGACUACAGCUCCUCCAAAACACUCUGAGGCAACAGUUCCACGUCCACAGCCUGUUCAGACUCAACAGUCAACCUUUCCACAUUUGGACCUGGGACUCACCAUCACCCCAGAACCACCUUUGGUAACUGAUACUCCUCCAAAGCACCCUGAAACGACACUUCCAUAUUCAGAGCCUAUUCAGGCUCUGCAGCCAACCCUGUCUGAGGUCUCAGCUCUAUCUUUUGACAUGGAAAUUGCCAAAACUCAGCAACUAGACUCAUAUGAGAUGGUCCCUCCAAUGACAGAACAGAGUGCCACCAUGAACAUCUGUGAGCUCUGUACCUGCAGUACUGGGACACUGUCGUGUAUUGGUUUGGGCACAGAUCAGAAGCUCAACCAAGUGCCUGUGUCAGAGCCCGGCAUCUACAACGGCACCUUCACCAUCUUAAACUUGCAAGGAAAUGCCAUUUCUUACAUUGGUAAAGAUACGUGGAAGUCAUACCAUUUGGUUGAGAAACUAAAUCUCAGUGCAAAUAAUUUGAGAGAGUUACGUAAGGAUUCAUUUGAAGGCCUGUUUUCCCUCCAGUAUUUAGACUUAUCCUGCAAUAAAAUAGAAUUUAUUGAAAGGAAUGCGUUCGAAUCACUACCUUUUUUACAAUAUAUAGAAAGAUCAAUUAAUUAUUUCUUGAGCCCUUACUGUUUUGUAUAUAAUGCAUGUUGCAAUUCAAUCACAAAAGUGAACUUUGGAACAUUUCAGGCCUCACAUGGAAUGCAGUUUUUACAGAAGUUAAUCCUCAAUCAUAAUCCUCUGACAACUGUUCAAGAUCCAUAUCUUUUUAAUUUGCCAGCAUUGAAAUAUUUAGACAUGGGAGCAACCCAAGUGUCAUUUACAACAGUUGAUAACAUCCUCAAGAUGACACUUACACUGGAAAAACUGAUCUUACCUAGCCGUUUGGCCUGCUGCCUCUGCCACUUAAAAAAUACUAUUGAGGCUGUUGCCAAGUCAAUCAGACUGCAUUGUGACAAUGAGUGUCUGGUAAAAACACAUUGUG